AUGGUAUCUCCGAGUCUCCGAAAUACACCAAUAUCCAUUCCAAGCUCUCAACGGUCAGAUGAAAUCAAAGACAGGUACAAUUAUCGUGCCAAAAAAUUGGGCCAGACAAAUUCCUCCUACGUGAAAGUAAUGUUCCUUUUUGGAAUACUUCAAACCAUUGCCUUGGCGUUCUUUACAAGAGGAUUUUUAUUAUCCAGGAACGUUCUACCCGAUCUUUCAACAUGCGAAACGCAACAGAACGGCUCUUGCUUUCACCCUUCUGGAUUUAAGAAGGCAGUUAUACUGGUUGUUGAUGCCCUUCGUUUUGACUUUACAAUUCCAAUUCCGGGUGUGUCGGAAGAUUCUCCAGACUCUAAUUAUCAUAACCAUUUCAAUAUCUUUUACGACACCUUCAGGAAAUAUCCCGAGAAUUCAUUGCUUCUAAAAUUCAUUGCUGACCCACCUACAACAACAUUACAACGAUUGAAAGGAUUAACCACAGGCUCGUUACCAACUUUUAUAGACGCUGGUUCAAAUUUUGACGGGGAUACCGUCACUGAGGACAACCUUCUGAGUCAGUUUUUCCAUAACAACAAAACAGUUGCCUUUGCAGGUGAUGAUACCUGGACGGCAAUGUUCUCUCCUUUUCUAAAUCCUAACUUAACAUUUCCGUAUGAUUCUUUGAAUGUUUGGGAUUUGCACUCAGUUGAUAAUGGAGUCAUAGACCAUGUUUUCCCACUAUUGAAGAAGGAAAAUCAGAGCGAGUGGGAUGUUCUUAUUGGCCACUUUUUAGGUGUGGACCAUUGUGGCCAUAGAUUUGGGCCGGAACAUUAUGCCAUGAAAGAUAAAUUGUUACAGCUGAAUGAUAUAAUCGAGAAAGUCAUGCGCCAAAUUUCGGAUGACACCCUCCUAGUGGUUUUUGGUGAUCAUGGUAUGGAUAAGACUGGUAAUCAUGGAGGUGAGUCUGAUGAUGAAGUAGAAGCAGCUUUAUUCAUGUACUCUAAAAAGAAACAUUUCAAACCUUUCAACCACAUGAAUGAAAACGUAUACGAUAUCUCAAAAAUGGGGAAAAAUUACAGAAGGGUGAACCAAAUUGAUAUAGCACCAACUCUUGCGAUGCUUUUGGGCAUACCGAUUCCUUUUAACAGUUUGGGCUCUCCAAUUGCAGAGGCCUUCAUGGCUGACGAAAAACUGUAUUCUGUUGCUUCGAUGCUCACGUCUUCGCAGAUCAAUAACUAUAGACUUAGCUCAAAUGAAUUGAAGGGUGAUGAAAAUAUUAAUGAACUUUACAGAACUCUGUAUCAAAACUGGACAUUAAAUAGCGUAUUGCAACCAUCACUGGUUGAUGAUAGCUACAAAUACCAAAGCUUGUCGUUACAAAGGUGCAAGGAACUUUGGGCAAACUUUGACGAUCUCAAUAUUUGGCUCGGCAUAUUUUUGAUUUUUGUUUCGUUGAUUGUUCUCAUUGUCUAUUCCAAACUAGUUCCCUCUGUUGUGGUAUCUCAGCUAAACUAUCAAUGCUUUGUUGCUUCCAUUAUUCUUAUUUUGGUAUACUGUGUUUUGUGCUCUUCCUUUUCUACUGUGUUCAAACCAGAGGGAUUACCAUUGAGCUGGUCAUUAGUAUUGGGAGUUGGUCUAGGAAUUGCUAAUGGUAUUCUAGCUCCAAUAAUGGACAGAUACUCUAUUUUCUUUUUGAUUUUACAGGUGAGAGAAAAUUUGGUUCAAAAUGGAUGGACUUAUUUAGGCAUGUUGAUUAUCUUUUUGCAUUCUAUCAUAUAUGCAUCUAACUCGUUCAUAAUAUGGGAGGAUAAAAUUGUUUCUUUCUGGUUAAGCACUUUCGGCUUUCUAGCUUUUUUCAAGUCUUUUCAAAACGAGGAAAAACACAAGAGAUUCAUAGGGGCAUACCACUCUUUAAUUUUCAUGAUUCUUACGCGGUUGACCUCAUUGAUAACUACGUGUAGAGAAGAACAAGGUGAUAAAUGUGUGUCAACUUUCAAAAUUACGUGGUGGUCAGUAGCACUAUUGUAUGCGUCGACUCUUGUUCUUCCUCAAAUAAUCAAAACCUUUUACAAGAUCUCAUAUUCUUACGAAGGGGCUGCACCGAUGUGGAUAUCCAAAGGACUGAGAGGCACUAUGCUUUUAAUUGCGAUUUUGUGGACUUUAGAGUUUGUUGAGAAUGAUGAAUUUUUGAACAAAAAUUAUGACUUGCAAUUUAUUGCCUUGAAAAAUUGGCGUAUUAUCCUUGGACGAAUCGUUCUAGGAGUUUCAAUGAUUGGUGCUAAUUUUGGCUGGAACGUUGGUCCUUUGUGUAUACAAGUUGAGUUGGAACAAGAAGAAGUUGAAACCGGAAUGGUCAAAAGCAAAAAUAAGAGAAAUACAGCUGCAAGAAGUCAACAGUAUGAGAUGAGAAAGACUGCUAGGAUUGUGGGAUAUAGUAACGUCUACGGGUCAUCCUACUUUUUGUUUUUUAUCAACAUUCUAUGUUCUAUCCUGGUUGUUUCCAAACCUCUCGGCGGAAUAUCAUUAUUUUUUUUGGUUAACCAGUUACUUACAUUGUUUGAGUUAGUGGAUAUUUUGAACAUUCGCACAAAUUUGAUAUCUGUUGUUGUGAUUUGUAUGCUAGGGUAUCUUCAUUUCUUUUCCACAGGACAUCAAGCGACCUUACAAUCCAUCCAAUGGGAGACUGGGUUUAUGUUCACAGAAACAAUUGUUUUUCCAGUAACGCAUCUGGCUAUCUUGUUGAACACGUUGGGUUCUUUUAUAUUGGUAGCUAUUGCUAUUCCACUAUUGACAUUAUGGAAAAUUCCGCCCACCAACAAACCAGUCGCAUUAAGCUCUAAAAUUGUUGAAAAUGCUUUGACAGUAUUGAUUUAUCAAACAAGUUUGACACUAGUUACGUUGAUCAUGACUAAUAAUUUUAGAAGGCAUUUGAUGGUCUGGAAAAUUUUUGCUCCUAGAUUCAUGCUUAAUGCGCUGAUUUUGGUACUUUUCAAUGUGGUACUCACCUUUGUUUCAGUUGGGUAUUCUAGUGUCAAAGUCGUGUCCAGGUGGUAUGAGGUAUUUGGAGCGUAA